AGGUGGACAGCUUGUACUUGAGCCGUGCUGCUGGGCCCAGCUGCUCCUUCCCCAGAGGAUCCCUGCUCUGCUAAUCCCACCAGAGCCGAGGAGGACCUGCUGCUGCUGUGCACACGCCUGUCAGCUGGGAGUCCAGAGGAGCCGCGGACCGACGGCAGGCGUUUCACCAUGGACUUCGUUCUCCACGUGCUGUUCUCCCCGCUGCCGACCCCGGCCGUCAUCUCGCUGCUCGCCGUGGCCGCCGCCACCCUGUUCUACCUGAACACGCGGCCCAGCCCCGUCCGGUCCCCCAUCGACCUGCAGCGCCAGUCUCUGGGCAUCAAGGACGGCGCGAGGAAGACCGCUCUGCUCGAGGACAACAACAACCUGAUCUCGUAUUACUACGACAACGCCAAAACCAUCUAUGAGCUCUUUCAAAGGGGCCUGAAGGUUUCAGGUAAUGGGCCGUGUCUGGGCUACAGGAAACCAGGGCGGCCGUACCAGUGGCUCAAGUACAAACAGGUCUCGGACCGGGCUGAGCACUUGGGCUCAGGUCUUCUUCACAAAGGCCUGAAGCCAAACCCCGACACGCUCAUUGGCAUCUUUGCCCAGAACAGACCUGAGUGGAUUAUCUCGGAGAUGGCCUGUUACACGUACUCCAUGGUGGCGGUCCCUCUGUACGACACGCUGGGUGCAGAGGCUCUCGUGUUCAUUAUUGACCAAGCUGAGCUCUCGACAGUCAUUUGUGACAAUCAGAGCAAAGCGGAAACGCUGCUGCAGAACCGAGAAAAAGGCCAAACGCCGGUUCUCAAAACCAUCGUCGUCAUGGACCCGUAUGAGCCGGAGCUGGUGGAGCGAGGGACCAAGUGUGGGGUGGAGGUUGUCUCUAUGAAGGAUGUGGAGGCUCUGGGGAAGAAUCACCUUCAGAAUCCAGUCCCCCCGAAGCCAGAGGACCUCAGCAUCGUCUGCUUCACCAGCGGCACAACAGGGAACCCCAAAGGAGCGAUGCUGACCCAUGAGAACAUCGUGUCUGACGCUGCGGGCGUCGUUAGACACUUUGAGACGACGAUCGUCCUCACUACUGACGACAUCAGCAUUUCCUUCCUGCCUCUAGCGCACAUGUUUGAGAGAGUUGUGCAGACGGUGGUGUAUGGCGCCGGGGCCAGGGUGGGCUUCUUCCAGGGGGACAUCAGGCUGCUUCCAGACGACAUGAAGGCCCUGCAGCCGACCAUCUUCCCUGUGGUGCCUCGACUCCUCAACCGCGUCUAUGACAAAGUUCAGAGUGGAGCCUCAUCACCUUUCAAGAAGUGGCUGCUGAACUUUGCUGUGGAGCAGAAAUGUGCUGAAGUGAAGAAGGGCAUCAUCAGGAAAAACAGCAUUUGGGAUAAACUGGUCUUCCACAAAGUCCAGGAGUCUCUGGGGGGGCGCGUGCGGGUCAUGGUGACGGGAGCGGCUCCCAUCUCCCCCACUGUUCUCGGCUUCCUCCGGGCCGCUCUGGGUUGCCAGAUCUUUGAGGCGUACGGGCAGACGGAGAGCACGGCCGGAUGCACCUUCACCAUGCCGGGAGACGCCACCAGCGGCCACGUCGGGGUGCCGCUCCCUUGUAAUUUUGUGAAGCUGGUGGAUGUGGAGGAAAUGAACUACUUUGCUUCUAAUGGCGAAGGGGAGGUCUGUAUAAUGGGUAAAAAUGUGUUCAAGGGCUACUUGAAAGACCCAGAGAAGACGGCAGAGGCCUUGGAUAAAGAUGGUUGGCUCCACACGGGUGACAUCGGAAAAUGGCUGCCAAGCGGGGUUCUGAAGAUUAUCGACCGCAAGAAGAACAUCUUCAAGCUGGCUCAGGGGGAGUACAUAGCGCCAGAGAAGAUUGAGAACGUGUACGUGCACAGCGGACCUGUGGCCCAAGUGUUCGUGCAUGGCGACAGCCUACAGUCCUGCCUGGUCGCUGUUGUGGUCCCUGAUCCCGAGGUCCUGCCAAGUUUGGCCAAAACCCUCGGGUGUCGAGGCUCCGUUGAAGAACUCUGCAAGAACACCGAAAUCAAGAGAGCCAUUCUCGCAGACAUGACCAAACUGGGCAAAGACGCAGGGCUCAAGUCCUUCGAGCAGGUGAAGGAGCUGCACCUGCACCCAGAGCUGUUCACCAUUGAGAACGGUCUGUUGACGCCCACGCUCAAGGCCAAGCGAGCGGAGCUGAAGGCUCUGUUCCAGCCUCAGAUCGACGCGCUGUACGCCGGCAUCCAAUAAACAAAACGAACGCUG